UAAAGGAAGGACAACAAAUCGAGAAAGAUAUAGAUGCUUCCACUGCCGCCCGCACCCGGCUGGUUUUGCGCUCGACCUCGAUCUCCUCCUCUUCCCAUUCGAAGUCCUCCAACUCGAGCUUCCACCGCGGCCAUGGCAUCAGAAUCGGCGCCUUCGACCGGCGGCCGGGGAGAGGCGAAAGGAGCGAAGCGGGUGGUGGUGUGCGGCGGCGGAGUCAUCGGCGCCUGCACCGCCUACUUCCUCGCCAAAAACGGGGCGGCGCAGGUCACCGUAGUGGAGAAAUCCGCCGUCGCCUGCGCUGCCUCCGGCAAGGCCGGUGGCUUCCUCGCCCUCGACUGGUGCGACGGCGGCCCCCUCUCCGCCCUCGCCCGCGCCAGCUUCCACCUCCACCGCUCCCUCUCCCUCCUCCUCGACGGCCCCAACGCCUACGGUUACCGCCCUCUCGACACCCUCUCCCUCCACCUCCUCCCCGACGGAUCCUUCUCGGCCUCCGCCGGAGCAUCGCCGCUCCUUCCGCCGUGGGUCGACGGCGCCACCGCCCGGCCGCCUUCGACGAUCGGGACGGUGGAGACCACGGCCCAGGUCCACCCGCAGCUCUUCACCCGGAGGCUCCUCGCCUCCGCCACGGCGGAGCACGGGGUCGAGGUGGUGAUCGGGGAGGCGGAGCGGGUCGAGGUGGAGGGCGGACGGGCGGUGGCGGUGGUCCUCAAAGAGGGUAGUCGGGCAAUCGCUGCGGACGCCGUGGUGCUGGCCCUGGGGCCCUGGUCCGAUCGAUUUCCCCUGGUCUCCUCCCUCUUUAACGUCUACGGCCGCAAAGCCCACAGCAUCGUCCUCCUGCCGAAGGACCCCGCCGCCAUAACGCCCCACGCCCUCUUCCUCAGCUACCAACCCUCGCCCGGGGCCAAGCUCUUGGACCCCGAGGUCUACCCCAGACCCACAGGAGAAGUAUACAUUUGCGGGAUGUCGAAAGAUACGGAGGUGCCGGACGAUCCGGAGCAGAUUGUCGGCGAGAGGGAGUCGAUCGGAAUGCUGCACAAGGUCGCUGGCUCGGUGUCCAGCCACCUCAAGUACGGAGAGGCCGAGGUGGUGGCGGAGCAGGCUUGCUUCUUGCCGUGCACCGAUGAUGGUCUGCCGGUCAUCGGGGCGAUUCCCGGGGUGGAGGGAUGCUAUGUUGCGACCGGGCACAGCUGCUGGGGCAUCCUCAACGGACCGGCGACCGGAGCUUCGCUCGCAGAGCUCAUCUUGGAUGGCCGUUCCACUACUGUGGAUCUCAAGCCUUUCAGUCCCUCCAGAUUUCUCCGAAAACGAGCCCAUUAGAGGAAAAUUUAGUGCACAGAAUGCUGCUGUCACUGCACAGUCAACUGGAUGUAAUAAGAGGAAGCGAAUAGACUUGGAGACUUCCAUUAUAUGUAAUAAAGUCAGGUGGAUGUAUUCAAUUUGUCUUUCAUUCUUGCUCUACGAAGUAUCCUACGCUUAAACCACGAACAUUAAUUGAUACGAACCACGACCAGU